CCCUUUCAGAUGCAAAACUUUCAACAAUGUCAAAAAUACUUUCGCCCUUUGACCCCAAGUCAUACUAUCGUUUCUCAAACGCCGCAUACGCAGGUGUGACCAUAAGCACUGGAUACAAGCACUCGUCAUCCUCGAUCAUUUUUACACCCUCAGGUUCGCGCUCGAGCGAGAACUGGCAAAUAUUCCGCCAAGGUGAACGCUACUUCAUUCGCAACUAUGACUAUGGCGCAGAAUUGCAGCUAGGGCUUACGAAAGCGUCGGACGCUGUUCCACGGUUAUUACCGCGAUCGGGCGAGUUGGGCCAGCAGUGGAAUUUGGACCAAAAUGAGGAUGGUAGUUGGCGGGUCACGAAUGCGCUUUUAGGCAAUAUCUCAGUGCUGGGUGUUUCGGAUGCAAUUUCUAGUCAUGAAAUUGCGCCAGCCAUGAACCCAAGUCCAGAUGAGAGCAAGCGAUGGAUUGUCACUGUCAACCUGUCUGCGGGACAAAUUUGGCAACCAGGGAUGCUAAAUGACGUCUUAAGUCCUGAGGUACCUCAGAGUGCGGCUUCGACUAUUCCAUCGACAUCUGCGGCUUCGAACAUUCCUCCAAUAUUUGCGGCAUCGACCAUCUCCUCAUUAGCCAUGACUUCGAAUAUGCCUUCUACUACUGCAGCUCCGAAUAUCACCUCACCUGUUACAACCUCUUCUAGAGGAAUAAACACUACAGCCUAUUUCUCAGAUGCAAGACCAAUGCACUCGCCUCCACGGCUUUUCGCGUGCACCAUCAGUAGCAGUCAUUUUGCUAUUACCACAGUAAUACUGUCUCUCGUCACAGCAGCACUGAUAUGGAGACGACGACCACGAAGCUCUUAUCAUCCUAUCAUCGUUUUGGACGUUGCCUUAGGAGUGGAUACCCCGCUAAUCGAAAAGUGACAUGUUUAUGCGCAUACUAAAGUCAAAGCAAAGGAUUGGAAGCUUAAUGACUGCUACUACAAGCGUUUGUUUAUUGAAUACAGUGCC